UUACAGUUUAUCACAAACCGGCUAUAACCCCUAGUAUUCUAAAACUAAAAAUUGUUGACCGUUUUUAGUUUACAUCAAAGGAGAGAUUGAAUCACACUCCAUGGCUAUACGACAAUGUCCAAUGCUCGUGAAUUGGCAUUGUUAGAGAAAUGGUCGUCUGAUGGUGCUACAAUUAUACCACCCCUUUCAUCGCCCACCUCUCCCAAAGCAACAAAAUUCUGUUGUUGUCCCAAUCGACGUCGCUACAACAUCAAACAACCCAAAUUAACCACCACACUACACGUUCGCAAUAUUUUCGUCGACAACGAUUUCAACUUUAUCGAUGAUCCCACACUUAACGAAGACGACGACAACAACGACGAAAGCGCAUUAGAAAAUACAAAAAACUAUAAAAGAGCUGAAAGUUGGCCCAGUGCUAAACGAUCACACAAAUACAAUUUAAAUCAUCCAACCCAACUGAUCGAAGCUGAAGUUCACAAAGAGAAUUUACAGCAGCAUACUGUGGCCGAGGAGAAUGAUUAUGAUGAUGUUGUUGAGGAAAUUGUAAAUAAAAUUAAAAAUAUUGAAAGCAUCAGUAGCAAAGUUAAAGCUGAAGAAAACGAUCUAGAAGUUAACCAGGGAAAAGCAAGAGAUAUAGAAAAAAAGGGUGAGGAAGAUACAGAAGAACAAUGGCGGCAUAAUAAAAGCUGUCAUAAUAAUCGAAACAAUUGUUUAACGAAUGAACACGAACGAAAGUUUAACAGCGGCAGCAGCAACAGAUGUUCUCCAGAAAUCACCCACCAAGAACAACAACAACAACAAAAACUGCAGCCGAAGCAACAACAAGAGCAACAGCGAGAACUUGAAGAGGAAGUUUAUCGAAAAUCAACUGUCAAAAAGCCUUUAAAACAAAGUGGCAAUGAAGACAGCAGUAAUGCAACAAAAACAACAACAACACACACAAAUCGAAAACAACUACAUACGACGUCAACAACUGACACUGAAAGCAGAAAAGAGUGUGAGAACUCUAAAACAAAUACGAACUUAGACAACACUUUUACAGCAACUAAUGAACAAAUCAUAUCAAACACACCAACAGCAACAUCACCAUUAAUCCAAAGACUUAGUGAAAUAAGUGAAUUAAAAUCUAGUUUAAGUAAAACGACUUUUAGCAAUAAAACAACAAAUCCAAUAAAUAAUAAUAAUAACAAACAGCAGCAACAUUGUAACAAUUGUCAAUUUUGUUUCAAUCAAAAUUGCCGUAACUUCACACAAUUGCAACAAAGUUUACAACAAACUAACAACGAAAAUUGCCACAAUUUAAAUUGUGUGAAAAGCAAUAGUAAAAUGACAAUUACUAGCCAAACGAAUGUGGCAAAUAAUCGUAAUAAACGUAGCAAUAAUAUUGCCAGUGAAUGUGAUAGUAUAACAUUGCCACAGCUACAACAGCAACAAGCCUGUAAUAACGCAACAGCAACAUUACCUUGUUUAUUAAUAAAUUCAACUAAAAUGCCAGCAACAAAAACACCAACUUCUCCCAUACCACGUUCUAAUACUAACAACACUCCUUCAUCACCUCUAACAACAACUGUGAUUAAAACUACAAUGGUGAAACGUAGUCCUGCUAAUGACUCGACGACAGCAAUAGCAACAUCACCAGCAACGACACCAACAUCCGCCUCAUUAACUUUAGAAAAAUCUUUAGCCUUCACAAAUAAUGUCCACGAAAUGGCUAAAGAGAAUAAACCUGCGAAUAACAAGUGUUUGACAGUUUCAGCAGCAGCAGCAACAACACCAUGUAGUGCCGCAACAACAACAGCCGCAGCAUCAGUAACGACAACAUCUGCUCCUUUAAGUGUUAAAGAACGUAUUGCUGCUUUAGUAGCUGGAAAUGAGCAAAUACACAAACAACAUGACAAUUUUAUUAAACAUAAAAACCAGUGCAAUAAACCUAUGAAAUUAUUAUUAACACAAAACAUGACAUGUCAACAGCCCAUAAUUAUUAAUAAUUCUAGUAACAUGUGUCAAAAAUUAGCUGCUUCAAAAGAACAGUCUUUAUUUUCAAACGAUGAAAUUGAUGGCAGACAACAAAUCUCAGUUGAAUUAAAAGAUGACACAAAUGACAAUUUAAACCACAAAUCAUCACCAGCUACAGCAAAAGCAGCAUCAUUAUCAACGUCAACAUCAUCCUCUAUGUCUGCAACAUCAUUAUUAAAAUCCUCUAAACCUGGUUCAGCUGCCACUAUACCACGUUGCAGUCAAAGUCUUACAAAUCAUAAUGCUGCCAAUAAAUACGGAAGCAAUAAAGAGACACCAGCAACAUCAUCAUCAUCUUCUUCUUCAUCAUCAUUGGAAACAGCAACAAAUACCAUGACACUUGAUAAGCAACAAAAUAUCUUAAGUAAUAAUGUCUUGUCUAAAACAGCUGCAACACAACCAUCAUCAGAGUCAUCACCAUCACCAUCAUCAUCAUUAUUGUGUACGUCAACGUUGUCUUCUGCUUAUAAGCAACCAAAUGACACAUCAAUUGAUAAAAGUAACCACGUUUUAACAGCAACAGGGUUAGCAAAAACAGCUCGUGAUAGUAAUACCAGCCGUAACAAAUUAGCUGCUUUAGAUAAUUUGGAUUUAGCUCUCAAUUUGUCUAAUUUACCUUUGGAAGGCGAUGAAGAUGAUGAUCCAUAUUUUGAAUUACAGGAAUAUUUGGAACGUGUUAAGCACGAAAUCAAUGAAGUUUUUGAAUUACAUAAGGCGCGACAAAAACAUCAACUGCAAUCGCCCCAAAUGCCAGAAGAGAAUGGAGAACAAAGACAACAGUUGACUGUCGAUAGUGUUAGAAAUACUUUGGACAAUCAAAUUGUAGACACAAUAAAAGCAGCUGUCUCAAAUGAUGAAUUAUCUCGGUCUACAGAAUCUGAUAGUGGCUUUGACAGUGCUAGUUGUAGUGGUUGUACAGCAGCCUUAAACUCGACUACUACGACCAGUGCCAUAAACAGUGGCAGCAACAAAUUACCCUCUAGAGCUAAAAUGACAACUAUAGAAAAUGAAAAUGGCAAUAACAAUGAUAAACAACAACAGCAGCAGCAGACAGCAGUAGCAAAUAAAAAUAAAAAUAAUCAAAAGAAGCCGACAAAUACAUCGUUGAUCUGUUUGCAACAAGAAAACAAACAACACCAACAAGAUGAUUCAACAACAUCAUCGUCAUUACCAUUAUCAUCAAGUCUGACAGAAGAUGCAGAAGUAGAGGCAUCUUCUGUGUCAUCAACUGCAGCAGCAUCAUCGUCAACACUUAAGCGCCUUCGUAAACAAUUGCAAAUGAAAUCAGCUGCAGAAGCUGCCACCGAUGAUGUAAAUAUGUGGGCAAACAAAUUCUUGAGAGAUUUGGACAACUUAAUAGCAUCUGAUAAACCAACAACAUCUUCAUCAGGCUCUUCAUCACCAACAGCAAACGUUGUCUACUGCUCAUCACCAUCGCCAUCAUCAUCGUCCACAACAACAUCACCAAUGUUAUUGUCCGCUGCUGCCUCAGCCGUUAUCCAAAGUCGUUAUGGCAAGGGUGCCCACGAUCGUAGUAUUAACAGCAACAAUAAUGGUGGUACAAACUAUGAUCACAAUACUGUCUCAUCGCCAACGUCAUCCACAUCAUCGUCAUCAACAGCAAAUGGUAUAGUUUUGCGACCAGAAAAGCAUGCAACUAUACCAUUACAAUCAUUUAACCUUGAUUGCGGACGUUUAGAUAAUACAAGUGGUAUGGCGGCAACAACAAGUUCAGGUGGCAAUGUGACUAAAACGAAUGUUGCCUACCUGAGAACAUUAUCGGCACCGACACCAUCGCCUUCGCAUAAUAUUUACCAACAACUACAUCAUAAUCAUGGCAAUAAGGCAACAUGUGGCAGCAAUACAAGUGCAACGUCGCAUGGUAAAAGGCAACAACGUAAUAGUUUAGCAGGAGGCAGUAUAUUUAAUGCUACAUUUGAUCAGCAGCAACAGCAACAACAACAACAACUGCUGCAACAGAAUCUGACAAAUUUCCAAAGCAAUGAAGCCGCUUUAAAUGCUUUAACUGCUGCCUCCUGCUCGAUGUCGAAAACAACUAAUGACACUAAGUCAACGAUGUCAACUAAAAUAACUCCAACAACCAUAUUAAAAAUUGAGGAGACAUUGCCAUCAGCAUCAUCAUCAGCUUCGUUGGCCAAUGGUGCUUUAAAAGAAGCCACUAUGUCCUCAACUACAGAUUUAGAAACUUUACAACAGAAACGUCUACGUCAAUUGAAUAUUGAAAUGGAUAAUAUACGCAAUACGUCCAUAGAUCAAAGCCAACAAUUGUCAGCCUUAAUGCAACAAAAUCACUAUUGCAACUAUAGCGGCAAUAAUAGUAACAUCAGCAGCAGCAGCAACAACAAUUUGAACAAUAAUAAUAAACAUAAAAAUCUUAUGACAACAACGUCAUCUUCAACAUCAUCUGCCAUGACGGCGGCGGCAAUUCCAAAAAAGCUUUCCGUUUCCUCCAACUCCCCCUGUAUAGCGGCUGGUGGUGUGAUGACCUGUGUUGCUGGCAAACAAGCUAACUCUAGCCCGAUAACACAACAACAACAAACACAACAGCAUAAUGCAACAAGUUAUCAUCAUUUAUUACAUGGCAGUGAUGCUACCAAAAAAGGUUCAACCUCUACAAUCUGGACAUCGGAGGAAUCAAUAUUAAGGAGUGUUGGCGCCGUCGAUGAAGACAAUAACUCCACUUCAUCCUCGGCUUGUGAAGAAGCAUCUGGUGUUUUAAGUUCUGGUAAAUCUGGUAUAUCACUAGAUAGUUCGGGUAUGGAAAAUGAUAAUAAUGAAAGUGGUAUUGGUACAGCUACACCACCUAAAGAUAUCUCCUAUUGGAGAGGUAUGCCACAUCGUCAUCACCACCAUCAUCAUCACAAUCAACAGGAUAAUGAAUCUAUAACAAGUUUGGAUGUUUUAAGGAAAAUGAAAUUUCAAAAAGGUAGUUCAGUCACCUCCUCCGAUGAUCCUGAUCUUCUUGAAGUGUUAAGUUUAUGUGAUGAGACUCAUGACGAAGAUGAUGAUGAUGAGGUGGGUGAGACAGACAAUAAAUCUCUUAAAGAAGUUAACGAAGAAGAUAUGGAUGAUUACGAUAUGGUUGAUGAAGAUGAUGAGGGUCAUGAUGAUUUUGAAGUGGUAACAUAUUGUGAUUGUGACUACACCGAAGAUGGUGACAAUAGCAGUGCUAGUGCUGGCAGCAACAGUACCAGAACCAAUAGCUCUCUUAACAAUGGCUCUCAAAGUGAUACCAGUGGUGUGGUUUUAAGACGCAAAUAUGCUGCCUCCCCUAUAAUGGUACCAUAUGCCACACAAACUUUACAUGGUUCCCCACAAAACGGUAGAGCACAAAAAUGUCGCAGUCACUCGUUAGACACCUCGUCCUUACCCAAUUCAUAUAAUCAUCAUCAUACGGCCACCCAGCAGACACAAUUUCAUGCUCAUCACCAUUCACAAGCCCAACUGGCACGUAAACUACAACAUUUAAGAGAUCGUCACAAGGAUCGUAAUCAACUUUCGUUGGCUUUGCGCCAAGAACCCUUUCAGUCACUGUUGGCGCCUACACAUUUCCAUGAAUUACCUUCGCCUAGCAGUGCCUCCUUGCAUAGUGGUCAUGAAAUUUUAGAUACCCAAGAGCUCUCAACGAAAUCAAAUUCGGCGCCUUUGUUAUUGAAACAAGAGAAACGUCGUGAUGACUUUGCCAACCAGAAUGUGACCCUUCGCUAUUCACGUUCGCAAAGUGAUCGCUAUUUAGCAGAAAUUGAAGCCGUUGAAGCGUGUAAAUGGCUUAGAGCUGCAGGCUUUCCACAGUAUGCACAAAUGUAUGAAGAUCAUCAAUUCCCUAUUGACCUUACAAAUGUUGCCAAAGAUCAUACCAAUUUGGAAAAUGAUCAAUUACAAUCCCUAUACAGACGUUUGUGUAUAUUAAAUCGUUGUGCCAACAUGCGCGUAGAUCAAUCUCAUAAAACUCAAACGCCCCAGAAAGAGGAUUCAGAUGAUGAAAAUUUUGCUUUAAGCGAAAACUGGACAUUCCAACCACAUAUACGACGCUGGUCGCGUAUUGGUGAAAUGGGUCUCGAAAUACCACCUGCCGCCAAAUUACAAGCCUCCGAAAAAACCGAAUCAUCUUCCAAAGAAUCUAGUCCCGAUCGUUUUGAGGACGAUUCAUAUGAUGUAUCGGGAGCUGGUCUCACUUUAGCCCUACCCGGCACAUAUACGGAUGAUUCUGCCGAUCCUGCUUUAAAUGAUAGCACAGAUCCAAAUUCAAGUCCUUUGAGAAGGACGGGUAGCGAGAGAUUAAAGGAUGGUGCUAAAGCCAUUUUACGUAGAGUAGAAUCGAUAAAAUCGAGAAGACGAAAAAGGCAGGGUAUAGUAUUGAGUGGUCAAGCCUUAGAUCUCUCACAGCUGGGACAGAGAACAAGUAUGCGUAAACCAGAUGCUGUAUAUUCCACACCACCCUCACCGUCAGCGGUUAGUCCCAUGCAUGGUUUCAAUAAGGCUCCCAUAUUUGGUAAUGAACUAAAGGUGCCGUCUCAGAGUGACAAUUUCUUAAGUCCUAAUCGGAACAGCCCCAAGAGAACACCCACCACUCCUAGAUCAAUGAGAGCAAGUCCACUGCAUUUCUUUACCAACACUAUGCCCUAUUUGAAGGAAGGCAAAUCGGAUGAUUCCUCUUCGUACUAUAGCGAUAGUCAAGAAUCUUCCUCCACCACCAAUAAGUUGGCUUUACGUAAAACACCUUGUAAGACGCGCAGAUUUUUACAGCGCACGGGAAAAGUAGACGAUAUAGGAGCCCACUCCGACUCCGAGUGUCAUCAGGGUAGAAAACUACUUAUAAAAGAUGCAAAUUCUAAUACAACCGAAGUUAAAAUUAAGAAAUUAUCGCGCGGAGGUUCAUUGAAUUUGGGCAGAGAUGGUAAAAAACGUGAUGGUUUUCGUUCGGCCAGUUUUAGAUCUAGGUCAACAACAAGAAAAGAGCCAAAACCAGAAGAACCCAGUGAAAGUGUUAAGAGAACCCCCGUUGUUAGAUGGCACAGUUUUCAAUUGGAAGAACGACCACACAUGAUAUUCCGUAAGUGUUUUCAACAAAAGAAUGAUCCACAUUCCAAUGAGCAUGGUAUACUGUUCGCUGCCAUGUCAGCGGGUCAAUUACAAAUGAUACGCAAACUUGCCCUGGUUACUCUAACCGGCUAUAUGGAACGCUAUUGUCCCACACACCGUUCUGGCUGGAACUGGGAACUGCCGAAAUUUAUCAAGAAAAUCAAAAUGCCCGAUUAUAAGGAUAAGAAAGUAUUUGGUGUACCUUUACUGCUAAUCUUACAACGUUCGGGUCAAACAUUACCCAUUGCGGUGAGAGCUGCCUUCCGCUGGUUACAGUUAAAUGCUUUAGAUCAAAUUGGUCUCUUCCGUAAGAGUGGUGUUAAAUCGAGAAUUUUAAAAUUGAAAGAACUAAUUGAAUACUCAGAAUCUACCGCAGAAUGCAUGGAUGUGUUCGAUACACAACAAGCAUAUGAUGUGGCCGAUAUGUUGAAACAGUAUUUUAGAGAUUUACCCGAAUCGUUGUUGACCACCAAAAUGUCGGAAACUUUUGCGGCCAUAUUUCAACAUUUACCUCCCGAAGUCCGUUUGGAUGCUGUACAAUCUGCCGUCCUUUUGUUGCCCGAUGAAAAUCGUGAAAUUCUAUAUGCCUUAUUAGAAUUUUUAACAUUAGUCGCUGCCAAUUCCCAAUACAAUCAAAUGACUGCCAAUAAUCUAGCAGUCUGUUUGGCUCCUUCCCUAUUCCAUAGCAGUAUAUCAACGGGUAGUAACUCAGUUACUGCCUCUCCACGACGCAAAGGCAAAGGUACAGGGGUACCCGAUGCUAAGGAACUAUUUGAAGCCAAAGCUUCCCAUGAGUGUCUGUCCUUUAUGAUAGAACACUAUAAGCAAAUCUAUACAGCGCCCAAAGAAAAGCUAGGCAAGUGUAAAUUUGGUUACAUGGAAGAAUCUAAACCUUUGCCUUUAGAGGCCUUAGGAGAAGGUAUGCAAUUUCAUAACUGGCGGGGUUAUUUAUAUGAAAGUACCAGUGCCACUAUUAAAGAGGGUAGAGAAAAAUCGCGUGGAUGGAUUACUAUAACCUCGUUGGCAGAUCCCAGUGUUGAAAUUGCCUAUAAAAAAGUAGGUGAUGGUCAUCCCUUACGUUUGUGGCGUUGUAUAACCGAAAUCGAGGGUCCACCCAAAGAUGUUUUAGAUUAUAUUAUACGUCAACGUGCCUCCUGGGAUCCUAAUCUAUUACAAAGUCAAACCAUUAAGAAAUUUGAUGAUUGUACGGAAAUUUUCCAAUAUGCCAUCGAUGGUCAACAGUGUACAGAUUUUUGUGUUUUAAGAUCCUGGCGCACUGAUUUACCUAGAGGUGCUUGUGUUAUUGUUGAAACCUCUAUAGAUCAUGCCAAGGCAAAGCCAAUGUUUAAUGCUGUACGAGGUGUGGUAUUGGCCUCACGUUAUCUCAUUGAACCCUGUGGUAGUGGUAGAUCAAGGGUUAUGCAUUUAGCAAGAGUUGAUGUCAAGGGUAAAACUCCAGAAUGGUAUAAUAAAAGUUAUGGUCAUAUAUCAUCACAUUACUUAACCAGAAUAAGAUUGGCUUUUAAAAAUGUUGCCGAAGGACCAGAAAGUAAAGUCUAAUACAUUUUACAAAAAUUGGAAAAGCAGGAGUAAAAACAACCAACCAACAAUAUCCUUAAAAAAUUAUAACAAACUACAAAAGAAAAGAAAAAACAACAUCACAAAACCUAGAACAACAUGAUUUUUAGACAUGUUGUAAAACCAACAAAGUAAACCAAAAGUACUGAUUUUAAUUUUAAUAUUUUGGAUUUUACAAACAAAGAUAUUUAUUUUUUUGUAUUUUUUAUUAAAAAAAGUCUCAAAUAAACAUAUUUUUAUUUGUUAAAAAAAAAAAUAUGUACAGACAGCAUAUACAAAUGUUUAAUGUUAAAAUAAAAAAAAAAACUAAAAUUGUUAUUAUAGAAAACCCUUAAAUGUUAUACAAUAACUGUUAAAUAUAUCUAAAUGUAUGAAUGGACCAGGAAUUUAAAAUUUUAUUUAUAUAAGACAAAUAAAAUACAAAACCAUCUAAAGCAUUUUAAUCACUGAUAAUUGUUUAGAAGACAAACAAAACA